UAAGCCGCAAAUAGUCGAUCUUUCUUCAGCUCCUCCCAAGUUUCCUGGAAUUUGCCCCAGAAUUCAUCACAUGAUGGAGUGCUAGUGAGAAUGAGUUUCUUUUUCAACUCAGAUCAUACAUUUUCAAUGGGAAUCAAGUCCAGAGAAUUACUAGCCCAUGCCAUGGUUUCAACUGCCUGCUGGUUUAACCAGUUUUUUUAACGAUCUUGCUACGAUGUAUCCUAGAGUUAUCUUGCUGGAAAACAAAGCAGCCAUCGUUAAAAUGAUUUCCAUGACAUCUGAAAUCAUAAUAUGCUCAAGUAAAUCACGAUCGAGCUGUAUCCAGACUACCGACGAUCCGACGAAGAGCUCAAAGUCCUGAUGAGAAGAGGCAGCCCCACACAGGUAUCGAAACACGGCAACUUCGGUGUAUAUUCUGGAAAUAUAAGGGGUCAUUAAGCAUUACAACAGGUCGCCAAACCCUUAUACAACUAGAAUAAUCUGAUUGAAUACAGCUUUCGUCCGUGAAAAGGACUCUACCCCAAUCAUGCAAUGUGCGUUGGCAAAUGCUAAUCUUCCUCUUUUUUGAUCAUCAGUGAGAAGAGGCUUCUUCCUUGCUAUUCUACUUGAUAGACCGGCGUCUGUUUCUCACUGUCUGAGAUGUCAUCUAAAAUAUGAAAGUUUUUAAACAAUUUAAAAUAAAAAUAAGUAUAGCUCAUUCGAUCAGCAAUCAUUAUACCAUAUUGUUCAUUAUGCCGUAUAUUGCUUUAUUCAUUACACCAUAUGCUGUUUUUGAUUUCCUUUAAUGUUCAAAAAAGUUAUACGCUUUAUUUAAGGUGUCCCAAAAGGUGCUAAAUACUAAUUUCUGGAACUAUUUUUUUAGUAAUACUAGUCUUUAUAAAAUUCCAUUUAAUUCAGAUGAUUCCAUCGUAGUUUUGCAAUUCUUACGUUCGCGAGUUAUUGUUUUACUGUCUAAAAAUAUUUUCAUAAACUUUUUUUUAAGAAGAAAAGUUCACACAAGACUUUAGAUUCAAAAUAAAACAGUGCAGGACGAUCUGGCAUACUUUUGGGAUAAAUUUGGAAGCGCAGACUAAAAAAUAAAAAUGUCUCAGGGCGUAUCAUCGGACACUGAAUGGACAUCAAAAGUUAUUGUCAUGGAAGAAUCACUGAAAAGUGGAUCAUUUGGAAUUAUGCACAAGGUGAUACAUGCUCGUACUAAAAAAGUUGCUGUUCUAAAAGAAUCCCCAAAGCCUAAGGAAAAGAAAAAACAAUCAGAGCAGACGAUAUGGAAGUCAGUAUCUGGACACCCAUACAUUGUUCAACUCUUUACUUCGUUUCCAGUUGAAGACAAGAUAUUCUACAUAUUUGAAUACUUUCCGAAAGGCAGCAUCUGGUCCUUUAUUAAAGUCCACAAAAAGCUACAUUCUACAGUUGCUAAGAUAUUGACGUCACAAAUCGCAUUAGCCAUCCAUUUCAUUCAUGGAAAGAAUAUAUUUCACCGAGAUAUCAGUAACAAAAACAUCUUCCUAAGUCGUGACGGAAAAGCAAAAUUAUCUAAUUUCCAGUACUCUGUGAUGGAAAACAACACUCAAAUUUGGCAUGGCCACAUUCUCUAUCAAGCUCCAGAAGCUUUUUCAGAUUGUACAUGCGAUACAAAUGCUGACUGGUUUUCCCUCGGUAUUUGCCUAUAUGAAAUGGUUGUGGGUAUGACUCCAGUUGAACUGCAUUGUUUGAGACAUAACGUUGAUUUUCAAAAGCUGGAUGAUUUCGGGAAAGUAGCCGUAAUGAUGGCAAGCACAUAUUAUAUGCCAAAAGUAUUUUCCAAAAAUUUGAAAGGAGCAUUGGCAAAGUUUCUGAACAAGGAUGUUAAGAAGCGUCUGGGGUACAAUGAUGACUUAGAAUCCAUAAAAGAGCAUCCAUUUUUUAAAGAUGUUGAUUGGAAAAGACUGGAAUGUGGUGAACUGACUGCUGAUCUCCCAGAUGACAGCUGCUUAUGGUUUGAAAAAGAUGAAUUUACAAAAAAUGUUACAGAAAAAAAAUUGAAAAUAAAUAUUUAAAUGAUAAAAUAUUUUUAUAUA